AGACCUCCCUUUAUCAAAUAUCUUAAACCAUCGAUGACGGAAUAACAAAGGCAUUGAAGAGUAACCUCUCCUGGGCCGCAUCGAUGGGCUACCUACCGUCACUCGGCAGCAAGGCGGUGCACCUCGUCUCCGGCAUCACCUCCGCCUACCUAAGUCCCAUCUCCGAUGAACCUGCUGACCACUCUGAAGAGAAUUUGGAGGCAAAGAGCCUGGAUGAUGCAGACUUACAAGGAGGUUCUAAAUCUCCAAAUGUUCCAGACACCACCUCUUUCACUGCAUUUAUGAUCUCUCUUUUGUCAUCGUCAAACUCAAGUAAUCAUCCUCCUGAAGACCUACAGGAGCAUCAUGCUGAAGAAGAAGAGAGAAUUUCAAAGUCUGUACCUAAUGAAAAUAGUGGAAGAAAAGGCAUACUUGCAAGAGGGAAGAAAAAACUUGGGAAAGUUAUUCACAAGGCAGCUAAAAUGAGUGGAUUUAGACAUAACUCGGUGCCUGAAGUUGAUUGUAACAUUCUAAAAGAAUCGGAGUUGAAGAGACAUGAAUUGAGUCCAGUUAAAGUCACAAAGAAUGAUGCAACUCUAUUUGACCUACCAGAGAUGUCUGAACCCUCAUUACUUCUCUCACACAAUACGCGUGCUGCUCUGUACUUUUCACUGCCAACAUUAGUUAAAGGGCGGAACUGGCUCCUGCUUUAUAGCACUUGGAGACAUGGUAUAUCUCUAUCAACUCUUUACAGAAGAAGUACAAUUUGCCCUGGUUACUCACUCUUGGUCGUUGGGGAUCAGAAGGGUGCUGUUUUUGGUGGCUUAGUUGAAGCACCAUUGCAACCAACCAGUAGGAGAAAGUAUCAGGGAACAAACAUCAGCUUUGUUUUCUCUGAUGUAUCUGGAACUCCUGUUAUCUUUCGGCCUACAGGUACAAAUCACUACUUCACUUUGUGCUCAUCUGAAUUCUUAGCAUUGGGAGGGGGCGGUCACUUUGCAUUGUAUUUGGAUGGAGAUCUGUUGAACGGAUCAAGUUCUUCUUCAGAAACUUUUGGAAACUCGUGUCUUGCACACACUGAAGAUUUUGAAGUGAAGGAGGUCGAGUUGUGGGCUUUUGUCUAUGCUUCCAAAUACGAUGAGAUCGUGGAUUUGUGUCGAACAGAGAAGCCUGGAAUUUGCAGAUGGUGAAGGUACUCUAACUGCGUAAGCCAUGCCAUAGCACAUAAAACUCCUGAAAUUUUCACGUAGGAAAUAUACAACUCUGACUACUUGUGUACAUGUCUUGUUUGCUUCAUGAAAACUAUAUUAUCUAAAUGU